CCAUGUCUUCACAAGCAAAAUAAUUAUAGUCAAACCUGAGACAUAAUUCCUAACUUCACAACAUACACAUAUCGACUUGGACAACCAACUAAAACAAUAAAAAAUGGCCCCUGCGCUUCAAGGCGGGGUUAAGCCCUCCAACCCCAAGAAUCAAGCGCGCUCGCUGAAGAGAAAGCGUGGAGAAGAGGACCUGUCUAAACUGCAAAAGGCGGUGGAGGAGCUGGAUCCGAAAGAAGCAGAAAUCAAAGAUGUUGCCGACCUGCCGCUCUCGACACCGACGGCUGACGGUUUGGAAGCCUCUCAUUUCAAAACUCUGACCGAUAUUCAGAGAAAGGCUAUUCCGCUCGCGCUCAAAGGGAAAGACUGCUUGGGUGCUGCGAAGACGGGAAGCGGAAAGACACUGGCGUUUUUGAUUCCGGUCCUGGAAAACCUUGUACGGAAGAGAUGGACUGAGUUUGACGGGCUAGGUGCUCUGAUCCUGUCGCCAACUCGGGAAUUGGCGAUUCAGAUUUUUGAAGUUUUGCGCAAGAUUGGACGAUACCAUACAUUUUCGGCAGGAUUAGUCAUUGGUGGAAAGUCUUUGAACGAGGAGCGGGAGCGACUCUCGCGAAUGAAUAUCCUCGUGUGCACGCCCGGCCGAAUGUUGCAGCAUAUGGACCAGACAGCGGCAUUUGAUGUGGAUAAUCUGCAGAUGUUAGUUUUGGAUGAGGCCGACCGUAUCAUGGAUAUGGGUUUCCAGUCGACAGUGGAUGCGAUUAUCGAGCACCUUCCCAAGGAACGACAGACCAUGCUUUUCAGUGCUACGCAGACGAAGAGAGUGUCGGAUUUGGCUCGAUUGAGCCUGCGCGAACCAGAGUACAUCUCGGUGCAUGAGGCAGCAACGAGCGCGACUCCUUCGACGCUUCAGCAGCAUUACGUCGUCACACCACUUCACCAGAAGCUUGAUACGCUGUGGAGUUUCAUUCGCGCCAAUGUAAAGUCGAAGAUUCUGGUUUUCCUCUCGUCAAGUAAGCAAGUUCGAUUCGUCUACGAAAGUUUACGCCAUCUCCAGCCUGGUAUUCCGCUUUUGCAUCUACACGGACGUCAGAAACAAACGUCCAGAUUGGAUGUCACCUCUUCUUUCUCAAGAGCAAAGCACUCUUGUCUGUUCGCGACCGACGUGGUGGCUCGAGGUUUGGACUUUCCGGCUGUUGAUUGGGUGAUUCAAUUUGACUGCCCUGAAGACGCUGAUACGUAUAUUCACCGUGUUGGACGUACCGCCCGAUACGAACGCGACGGUCGUGCCGUCCUGUUCCUCGAUCCGAGCGAGGAGGAAGGGAUGCUGAGACGUCUUGAACAAAAGAAAGUGCCCAUUGAGAAGAUCAAUGUGAGGCAAAAGAAGCAGCAGAGUAUCCAGAAUCAACUUCAGAACAUGUGCUUCAAGGAUCCCGAGUUGAAAUAUCUCGGGCAGAAGGCGUUCGUUUCCUACGUCAAGUCUGUUCAUCUUCAAAAAGACAAGGAUAUCUUUCAUCUUGACAAACUUCCUCUAGAGGAAUUCUCUGCUAGCUUGGGCUUGCCCGGAGCACCCCGUAUCAAGUUCCUCAAGGGUGACAACGCGAAGGCUCUCAAGAAUGCGCCUCGACAGGCGGUAUCUGACUCAGAGGAAGACUCAGAGGCAGAGACUAAGAAGAAUAAGGAGGACAAGAAGAAGGAGGUUCGGACGAAGUAUGACCGCAUGUUUGAGAGGCGGAACCAGGACGUCUUGGCCGACCACUAUGCGAAGAUGAUUGGCGAGGGCGGCCACGAAAAAGACCAUGAGCAGGAUGCCGACGAGGACGAUGACUUCUUGCAAGUCAAACGACGAUUCAAUCACGACGAAAUUUCCGACCUAUCAGACGCCGAGGACAACGGGGCAGAACAGCGCGCUGACAAGAAGGCCAAGGUGGUACCCAUUGGCAACGCGGAAGAGGCUCUCGUCAUCGACUCGAAGCGCAGAGAGAAAUUGCUCAAGUCGAAGAAGAAGCUUCUCAAAUACAUGGGCAAGGGAACGAAGCUUGUGUACGACGACAACGGCGAAGCACACGAAAUCUACGAGAUGGAAGACGAGGAUCAGUUCCGCGAAAAGGGUCCUGCCGAAACUCAACGCGUCAAAUUCUUGGACGAGGAGCGCAAGAGGGUGCAGGAAGCCGACAUUGCGGACAAGCAGCUCUUCAAGGAGAAGAGACGGGAGAAAAAGGAAAAGCGCAAGGCGAGAGAGGCUGCCGAAUCUGCGCCAUACGAAGAACCCGAGGAGGGAGAAGAAGAAGGAGAAGACGUGGAAAUGUCCGAUGCAGACGUCGAGACCGAGCCAUCUGCAAAACGCCCGAAGAAGUGGUUCGAGGAUGCUUCAGAAGACGAAUCGAAGCCUUCGAAACGCCGCGAUGUGGCUGCUGCGCACGAGCCGGAGACAUUGGAGGAAUUGGAGGCAUUGGCUUCAGGAUUGCUCAAUUGAGCGGAUUGCAAAAGUUUUAUACCAUAUUUUCUUGUUUAAUAGGCUUAAUUACAUUCAUGUGGGCUCCCAUUUUGAUUUCGACACUCAAUUUCAUAGCGUUAUCAUCCGUUAUCCAUGUAGCAAAUCUGGGUUUAGAGACAAAACUUUAUGGUGUUGAUGCUUCAAGUAUUCUCUAUGACAGGCAUGAUUCGAUUUUGUUAAAGCUGAGACUUCCGUCAUCAGGAUUAUAGCUUUUGCGUCAAGACCUGCAAUCGAAAUGGUGGCACU